AUGCACAGCAAUACGAUAACCGAGGGCCGAGAAUCACCGGCAGUUCCAAACGCCAAUCCGGACAGUGACCAGGGGGAAGAGGACACAAGCCCUCGCAGUGCUCUUCUCAGUGGUGAUCAGAGUCGGAGGCACCGGACUGCUUUUACGCGAGAGCAACUCUCCCGCCUAGAGCAGGAGUACUGCAAGGAGAGCUACGUGUCUCGGCCAAGGAGGUGCGAGCUGGCAGCAACACUCAACCUUCCAGAGACUACCAUUAAGGUGUGGUUCCAGAACAGACGCAUGAAGGACAAGAGGCAGAGACACAGCCUGAGCUGGCCCCAUCCACUCGACCCUAACCUGUGUGCACUCAUGGUGAGCCAGGCCAGCGCAGGCCUGCCCUACCACCUCCUCCCACACCUCCCGCUGCCCCUCUACCCUCACCUGGGGCUGGCACCCACCGCCACACCCCUGCCAAACCCCUUUGCCCCUUCCCUGAGGCACCUGGAUCCCCUUCGGCUCGCCCAAUCCCCCUACCACAGACUUGGAGGGCUACCACCAGCAGCCCUCUACCCACCCACCCACACAAGGCACCAUCCCAUCACCUGCCCCUGUCCCCACUGUUUGCACUGGGGAACAGACCAACUCUUCAAAGCUAGAGGGGUAACCCCAUUGGGCUUGAUCCCAGCCCGCAUUCCCAAAGCUUCAGUGGUGACUAUGGACCAUAGGGAAGAGGUGCCUAUGCCCAGAUGAUGAUUAAUAGAGGGGGGGGGGGGUCUCUUUCUUUUGCAACCGCACAAUCAUUUAGGACAGAGGGGUCCAUUUUUGAGGGAGAACGUGGAAAACUGGAUUGUCUAUACUACGGUGUUACACUGCUGUGUUGGGUGUUUGCUGCGUUCGGACACUACUCACAUCACUGACACUACUGACAGAGCACAUUCACGCCAACCAUGGGACAUACCAUUUGGUAGCAAUAUCUCUUGACACACUGAUUUUGUCU